GGGUUAAAGUCCAGCUCUUUAUCCACAGCGUCCCAUCUACAGGGAACUUUGAGUGUGAAAGGACAUUUGUGGCUGAUCUCCUUGCAAGUUAUUCUCCGGAGGACUCGUCCUGGAGAGUGCAUGUCUCCGUGCCUACAACUUGGGCUAAACAUAGAGUGGAAGAGCACUUCUGGAAGGGGGGUUGCCAGCAAGAGGGGAAGUUUAACUGCGAGAGAUUAAGGACCCUGCUGGCAACAAGAAGCUGUAAUACGGCAUCAAGGAGACAAUUCACCAUGCGGGUAGCCGUCAUUGGAGCUGGCAUCAUCGGGCUGUCCACGGCCCUCUGUGUCCAUGACCGAUAUCAUUCCAUAGUUCAGCCACUGGAAAUUGAGGUCUAUGCUGACAAAUUUACUCCUCAUACCACCAGCGAUGGGGCAGCAGGCCUUUGGCAGCCAUAUCUGUACGACAAGGGAAACACUCAAGAAACACUCUGGAAUAAAGAGACUUUUGAUUAUCUUCUCCAACAUGUUAAUUCACCAGAAGCUGAGGAGAUGGGGUUAUUUCUGCAAUCUGGAUACAAUCUCUUUACAAAGCCAGUUCCAGACCCAUCAUGGAAGAAUAUUGUCUUGGGAUUUAGGACCUUGUCACAGAAAGAGCUUGAGCUCUUCCCUGGCUACAGCUAUGGCUGGUUUAACACAGCCUUGAUGCUGGAAGGCAAAAGAUAUCUACCCUGGCUUACAAACAGGUUAAAGCUGCAGAAAGUCAAGUUCUUCCAUCGGAAAAUCAAGUCCUUCCAGGAGCUGUUGGCUCAAGGUGUGGACGUUAUAAUCAACUGUACUGGGCUUCGCGCUGGGGAGCUUCAACCUGACCCCAAGUUACGCCCAGGACGGGGACAAAUCAUCAAGGUCGAGGCCCCCUGGGUGAAGCAUUUCAUCAUCACCCACAAUGCUGAGUCUGAGAUCUAUUCGACACCUUAUAUCAUACCUGGGAGCAGUAUGGUGACCUUGGGGGGAAUAUUUCAGCUGGGAAACUGGAGUGAAGAGAACAGCCCCCAGGACCACCAGCAAAUUUGGCAGAGAUGCUGCAAAUUGUUGCCUAGCCUCCAGAAAGCCAACAUUGUACAUGAAUGGAGUGGUUGUCGUCCAGUACGGCCAAAAGUUCGAUUAGAACAUGAGGCUGUUUACCAUGGGAUGUCACAGUCGGAGGUGAUUCACAACUAUGGCCAUGGAGGCUUUGGGAUCACCAUCCAUUGGGGUUGUGCCAUGGAGGCAGCCAAUUUAUUUGGGAAGAUCCUAGAAGACAAGAAGUUAGCCAAGCCACCACGUGCCAACCUCUGAGCAUGUGGCAACAGUCCCAGAACCAUGGCUCUCCAUUGUGCUAGGGCCCUCUCCUUCCCUUGCACUUAAAAAUGGGACCAGCUUUUUGGUGGUCUGUGGUUCAAGUCUAUCCAUGUCAGAUUAUCUAAAAAAUGGGCUUUCUGAAAAUGGUGUAUACAUGCAAUCUAGUUGUGAGGACUCUCUUGUUGUGAAUGUAGUUUGUUUUGAUUUGUUCUAAACCGUUUUGAGUAACAUAUUUUAUAUUGUUGUUACCCGCCCUGGGACCUACUGGUGAUGGGCAGGUAAUACAUUUAAUCCUCUUCUUCCACCAAAAAAGAGAUGGUCCACAUUAGGGCACUCAUAAAUCCCCCACAGAACUCAUUAUUGUAUAAACUAUUCAUUUAUUCAACAUAAAAUAUCCAGUGUGGAAUCAAACUUAUCUAAUUUUGCUUCAUUAAGAGAGAAAUAAUAUAGUACAACAAGCUCUGUUUACAGAAGUCAUUAUUUUCAGCAUGAACACAUGUGUAGUUUAGAAACUGUACAUUGAAACACAGUAGAGACAUUCAAGUGUUCUUUUUUUCGGCAAGCAUUGAGGAAUACAAACAUCAUUCAUCACAGCAUAUGCAGAGAAUCACUUUCCUCUCAUGACAGCUUUGCAUGUUAACAAACUGGACAACCAACAGAAUUCUAGAACACCACAAUUAAAUUCAGCAAUCUUUUUUUAAAUUAUUUUUUAAAAUGAAUGUGCCAACUGUACUUUAUUCCACGUGAAAAAAUCGUAACGUGUUUAGAACAAAAUCUUUGGAAACAUUUGUUAUAUACAUUGGUGAUUUUGUUAAUUUUUAAAAAAUGGUUUCUGAGCAUUUGCAGGCCGUAAUGCAUCAACCAACAUCAGAUUUUAUAUAUAUAUAUAUGCGUUUCAGAAAAGACAACACAGAUUUCCCUAGAAGUAUAAAAUUUCCAUAAUUUAGCUUUUACUAAAUUAACACUUGGUUUGUAUGACCAAAGAGAAAUAUUAUUGAUUCCAAUGGGGCAUGUAUCAAUUUGGCAUUCUCCCUUUAUAUGGUCAUCACUGUGCAACAAAAAGCUGGUAUUGUUGUAUAGGUGGUUGCAUCAGCUGGGCUUAUGUAUACAUUCCCCUAGCGUUUAAUAAAGCAAACAAAGCAAAUGUAAUUCAAAGAAA